ACGGGCUCAAAGCCCGUCGCUGACGGCUGCGAUCGGAGGUCAACGUGUUCUUUCCCCCUCGCUUCCAUGUGGCCCUGCGCGGUGGUGGGAAACUACUAAAACCCUAAUCUUUCGAGGCUCUGGAUAUCUCUUUCGACAACGAAAAGGUCUUCACGAUCACCGCAUUUGGAGCGGGAGCUGACCUGGAACCCGAAGUUGCUUCGGGUGAAGGUAAAUAUCCGAGAGGGGGGCUUCUUGGUCGCCGCUCGCUUGCAUACUUGAGACUGUCUUGCAAAAUCUGGUCUUGGAGGUGGAAGCCAAUCGCAUUAGGAUUCCUUUGAAGAACAGGUAGAUUGCAACUAAAAACAAAUCGCUGAGAGCGAGGGAAGAACAAGAUUUUUUUUUUUUGUUGGAACUGUGGGUUAGGAUUGGGAAGUGGGAGGUAGGUGGAAGCGGAAGAAGCGGGAUUUUAUAUUGAGCUAAAUCCUCGACGCUACCGCUCUGGGAAAGCGAUUUUUCUCCAAAGUAUUGUAAGCUUCUCGCGUAAUUGUGCUCCGGUUGCGGAGGAAGACCAGAUUUUUUUUUUAUUUCCAUUUUUUAUGCUAAUUACGCUUCUACCCUUAAAUCUCAAUUCUGAGCUUGAAGGUUGUGUUUCUUCCCCUUCGAGCUUUUUAAUACAGAGUGGAACGGGAGAGAGACGAACGUGCUCAGUUGUUGUCGCCAGUACCAAACCACAACUUGACUCGCCUUCGCUUUGUAUUUUUUUAAUGGAGGAGAGAGAGAGAUAGCAGAGAAGAAAACCAGAGAAGAGAGAGAGGCGAGCUGGCUGUCUCGCUCAUUGCCAUUGGGAUAAGCGGGGUUUCCCCCUUUUAAGAAGGUCUUAACCACGCCUUCAUCCUCUUUCCCGCAAAUCAACACAAGAAUUGAUGCUGUUUGCUUGGAGCCAAACCAAGCUAAACUGCAAUUUGGACGUUCCCCCGCCGCAGAGCGAGAAAGCAGAUCCAAAGGUGGGAAUUUUGCAAAAGGUUGGUGGUGCGACUUUGAGUCGGAAAAAGAAGAGGGCAUUCAUGGAGGACAGAAGGAAGAUGAUGUGGUGGUGGAGGCGGAGGGCAGCGGUGGUUGGCGGAGUGGCGAUUGCGGUGGGCGUGUUCUUGGCGUCGCACUGCUACUUCCGGAGGGAGAACAUGGUUAAGGCGGAGGAAGCGCUGGUGAGCAUGUGCGAGGAGCGUGCGAGGAUGAUUCAGGACCAGUUUGCUGUAAGCGUCAACCAUGUGCACGCCCUCGGCAUCCUCAUCUCCACUUUCUACUACCAGAAGCAGCCACCAGCCCUUGAUCAGGAGACGUUUGCAUACUAUACUGCAAAAACAGCCUUCGAACGACCUCUGUUGAAUGGGGUAGCAUAUGCCGAGCGAGUUGUUCAUUCCCAAAGGGAAACAUUUGAGAGUCAACAGGGGUGGACAAUCAUGACCAUUAAAAGAGAGCCAUCACCCAUACAGGAUGAGUAUGCUCCCGUAAUUUAUUCCCAGGAGACUGUAUCUCAUAUCGGGGCACUUGAUAUGAUGUCCAGCGAGGAGGAUAGAGAGAAUAUUUUACGGGCUAGGGCUACUGGGAAAGCUGUUCUCACAAAACCUUUUAGGCUUCUUAAGUCGAAUCAUCUUGGUGUAGUUUUGACAUUUCCAGUAUAUUAUGCCGGCCUUCCUGAGGAUGCAACAGUAGAACAACGUGUGCAAACAACUGCAGGAUAUCUUGGGGGUGCGUUUGAUGUAGAGUCACUUGUGGAAAAUUUAUUGAGGCAGCUUGCUGGUAGUCAAGAUAUUGAGGUAAAUGUUUAUGAUAUAACCAAUACUACUGAAUCCCUGAUCAUGUAUGGGCCUCAAGAUCCAGAGGGUUAUAUGCCUCUUUCACAUGUCAGCAUGCUUGAUUUUGGAGAUCCAUUCAGAAAGCACCAAAUGCAUUGCAGGUACAGGGAAAAACCUCCCCUUCCACUGUCUGCUAUUACAACUCCAUUUGGUAUCUUUGUAAUCAUCAUGCUUGGUGGUUACAUAGUAUUUACUGCAAAGAAUCGUUAUGACAAUGUUAAAGAAGAUUGUCGGAAGAUGGAAGAACUAAAAGUUCAAGCAGAGGCUGCAGAUGUUGCAAAAUCUCAGUUUCUUGCAACUGUAUCGCAUGAGAUAAGAACACCUAUGAAUGGUGUACUAGGAAUGUUAGACAUGCUUUUGGAUACUGACCUUAAUUUAACCCAGAAGGAUUAUGCUCAAACUGCUCAAGUUUGUGGCAAGGCAUUAAUUUCACUAAUCAAUGAAGUUCUUGACCGGGCAAAAAUUGAAGCUGGCAAGUUGGAGAUUGAGGCAGUUCCAUUUGAUUUGAGGUCAAACCUUGAUGAUGUGAUCUCCUUGUUUUCUUCAAAAUCAAGAGAGAAGGGCAUUGAACUCGCUGUAUUUGUAUCUGAUAAAGUUCCAGAAGUCGUCACUGGCGACCCUGGGAGAUUUCGGCAGAUAGUAACAAAUCUAGUGGGGAAUUCAGUUAAAUUUACUGAGAGGGGCCAUAUAUUUGUUCAAGUCCAUUUGGUUGAGAACUCAAAUCCAGGGAUAGAAGAAGUUUAUGCUGGCUUAAAUGGGCAAACAAGAGCAGAUAAAGUUCAUAAUUUUAAUACUUUGAGUGGAUUUCAAGCUCCAGAUGUUAGAAAUAGUUGGGAGAAUUUCAAGCUUCUACUUUCAGAUGAAAAGUUAGCACCUGAGGUCUCAGGAAGUGAAGUGACAUCCAAGAAAGCUGAGGAAAAUGUCACUCUGAUUGUCAGCGUUGAAGAUACAGGGAUUGGGAUCCCCUUACGAGCCCAGGAUCGUGUCUUCACACCUUUCAUGCAAGCUGACAGCUCAACUUCCAGAAACUAUGGAGGUACUGGGAUUGGCUUGAGCAUUACUAAAUGUCUGGUUGAAUUGAUGGGCGGGCAAAUUAGCUUCAUCAGCCAACCAAAUGUUGGAAGUACGUUUACAUUUAGUGCUGUUGUCAAGAGCUGCAAUAAAGAUACAAUUACAGAGACAAAGAGAUCUCCUUUCGAGAUUCUACCUUCUGGGUUUACUGGAAUGAAAGCAUUCCUAAUUGAUGGCAAACCAGUUAGAAGUGCUGUAACACAGUACCAUUUAAAUAGGUUGGGCAUAGCUGUUGACAUUUCAGAAACAGUCAAGACGGCAUUAAUUUCCUUGGUUGGACGGAAUGGUAGUCUAAAAACUGGGAGACAACCGUACAUCAUAUUUGUUGAAAAAGACUCAUGGUACACUGGUAUGGAUGUUGACUUGCAUGAUCAACUGUUGUCGCUUAAGCAAAAUGGUUGCAUCCUAGAAUUGCCAAAGGUCAUACUCUUGGUGACCCAUGAAUCUGAGAAAACAAAAGCUGGUUCUAUUAUCGAUACUGUGAUCAUGAAACCUCUCAGAGCAAGCACCGUAGCAGCAUGCCUUCAUCAUGUGCUUGGAAUAGAAAAGCCACAAAGGAAAGACAUGUUGAAUGGUCCAGCUAACCUGCACACUCUAUUAGCAGGUAAGAAUAUAUUGGUGGUCGAUGACAACAAAGUAAAUCUUAGAGUUGCUGCAGGCAUCCUUAAGAAAUAUGGAGCGAGGGUGGAAUGUGCUGAAAGUGGGAAAGAUGCUGUUUCACUCCUCCAACUGCCACAUAAGUUUGAUGCCUGUUUCAUGGAUGUUCAGAUGCCUGAAAUGGAUGGGUUUGAAGCAACUAAACUUAUACGGUCGAUGGAGAGCUUGGCAAAUGAAUGCAUCAAGAAUGAAGGAGACUCUAUAUAUGGGGAGGAAUCUACGAUUGCUAAGUGGUACCUGCCGAUUCUCGCCAUGACUGCUGAUGUGAUCCAAGCCACAUAUGAGAAGUGUAUGCAAUCUGGAAUGGAUGGAUAUGUCUCUAAGCCCUUUGAAGAAGAACAACUUUAUCAGGCAGUUGCUAAGUUCUUGGUAUCAAAAUCUAAGUCGGACUCAUGACAAGUAUUUUUCCACUAAAAGAUCUCUAGCGCAGAGGUUGUGGAUGCAACCAGAUGGAUGUCAGUGCCAAUAAUGGUAGAACAACCUCAGAAAGGAUACAUUGUACAAAGGAGUAUGACGGUCUCUGCAAAAUGUUGACAAUUUCAGCUGUAGGUGACGGCAGAUGUUCUCAAAUUUCUUUGUUUUUGUUCGAUAUAUUUGCUGUUUGGAUGUAAGGGCUUCUAAAUGUCAUUCGUUGAAAGAAAUGCAUAUUGUAGUUUUUUCUUCCAAUUUUUUGAUAAAAUUAAGACAUUCCUUGUAUAGGAAGUAUGUUCGACUUCGAGACUCAAGGUUGUGAUGGUUUUUACCA